AUGUCCAUUCGGCUGCAAGGUGGCCGAUCGACAACACCUUACGCCAAAGGAAAAUCUCAUCACACUACUACAGUGCUCAAAUUGCUCUUUCUUGCAUUGGUGUUCCUCACCAUCAUUGGGAUUCUCAAGUCUCCCAAUCUGCGGUUGGUCUCAUUGUCCUAUGACUAUUCACAGCUUGAGGAUAUUCCUCACAUUGGGAGGAUUAUGAAGGCUGAAGAAACGACAGUGACUAAUACCGCCACGACCAACAAUAAGGAACCAGAAACGAUGAUACAAUCGGUUGACGAUUCUUCCUUGUCUGUCAUCGCCAACCAACACCCAAUCCCAUCGAAUACAAGGAAAGCACACGACACUGCUUCUAGAAUUGAAACAUUGGCAUUGUUGUAUCCACCAGGACUUAUUGGUGGCUAUCGCAAUCAAGUCAUGCGAUUCACUUCCUUCGUCCGGCAUGCCAUUCAGGAACAAAUUCCACAGAUGCUAUUGCCCAGCAUUUACUUCAGCACAACCUAUGAAAAGGAUACUACGGAACGAAUAUUUUAUCCGAUUCGAAUGAAGGACGUCUUUGAUGUGGAAUAUUGGAAUGAACAUGCCAGUCAUAACAAAUUGCCAUUGUUGGUCGAAUCGAUUAGUGAUGAUGACAACGCCGACUGCUGGUCGACGAGUCACGACCCAUCCUACUCCGACAACAAUAGCACUACCUUUGCUUCGACCAUUCAAGAAUAUUCAAAAGCCUUGGAUCCAACAUCGCCCAGUGACAGGACACCACCCAUGGUAUUGGAGCUGGCCAAGCGAGGAGAAUUCUUGAAGCCACUGCGAAAGCUGUCCUUGGCCAUUACAUCGGGUCGCGCGAUUCUGAAACGCCCCCGCAAAGUGGGUGUGAUUCCGUUAGACCUACAUUGCCAACAUCCCAAAGUCUAUGGUGGAGGCAAAGGAGGGGGUGGUAUUCUAUGGAAUGACUUUUUGUACAAGAUUCGAAAGGAGGUCAAUUCGACUGUCGUUCACUCAGUUUCCCAAGCCUUGAUACCAGCCAAUCAAUGGCGGGAUGUGGCACACCAGUGCAUUCGACAAGGAAAAGAAGGACAUAGGCAACAAUCAUUGAAUGAUGCUGAAAGCAGGGAGCCAUAUUUUGCGCUUCAUACUCGUGUCGAGUUGGAAAUGAUGCGACACAUGUGUGGAAAGCAUAUGGAAAUGAAUUUGACCAAGAUCUUUGACAUGGUUGAUGAAUUCAUCGGGAACUACAACAAGGACGCAACCACGGAGAAACAUGUGGAACGAAUGUUCAUGGCAGUCUCCAGGCAAGGUAUGGAAGAAGCGAUCGGAAAGAACAGGACCGAACACGAACGUCUAGCCAAUGAAAACCUUGACACGUUAGCCUGGCGUAUGGCCGAAGGACAAGAUCCACACUCUGAAAAGACCACCAUUGUCGAAUGUGGGGAGAGUUGGAUGAAACGAUGGUAUUCUAAACAAGAUCAAGUGGAAGAUAACUACUAUGGGACCCUCAUUCCAAUGGUCAUGAACUUUUACAUUGCUACUGAAGCCGAAGUAUUCAUUGGUACCAAAGGAAGCAGCUGGAGUACCGAUGUUUGGACCACGAGAUACUAUCAAGGAAAAGGAGACCGAAACUUCAAAUACACCAUGGAAGGGAUCAUCCCAAUACCAAAUGGUGGAUUGCCAAUGCCACAUGGGAAUUGCUAG